AUGUCGCUGAAACCAGUAACAGCAGCCGUAGCCUAUUUUCUCGUUCACAUCGCAGUUGCUGCAGCAGCUUCUGAUGAUGUUGGGUUCAUCUAUCAAGGAUUUCAAUCAUCAAAUCUAAGCCUGGAUGGAUUAGCCACAGUCACCAAAAAUGGCCUCCUGCGGGUAACCAACAGCACCAUAUUACAAACUGGGUACGCCUUCUAUCCUAAUCCCAUCAACUUCAAGACGACACCUAAUAGUUCAGCUUUCUCCUUUUCCACCCAAUUUGUGUUUGCUAUAGUACCCGAUGUCCCAGGCGUAACUGGUACGGGAAUGGCAUUCGCGAUUGCACCAAGAAGAAAACUUGCACAAGUGCCUUCCUAUCCGUUGCUUGGCCUCUUCGAUACAAACACCAAUGGAAAUCAAACAAAUCACGUUUUUGCUGUGGAGCUUGACAUUUACCAAGACCAAGAUAUUGAAGAUAUCAAUGACAACCAUGUUGGUAUUGAUAUUUACUCUGUGAUCUCCAAGGCAUCCGCACCAGCGAGUUACCAAGCUAAUAACAAAAGUUCAUUUGACAACUUAACUCUCAUCAGCGGUCAACCGAUGCAGCUUUGGGUGGAAUACGACGGGGUGGAGAGGAGAAUCGAUGUAACAUUAGCUCCAAUGGAGGCUGCUAAACCACAUACUCCUCUUUUGUCUUUGAAAUAUGAUCUUUCGCCAAUUUUACAGCAGACCAUGUAUGUUGGCUUUUCGGCACUUAUUAUCUAUGGAGAAAGUGGAAGUUUGCAGAAGUGCUGGAAGAAUGGGAGCUUGCUUAUGGACCUCACAGGUUCAAGUAUAAGGAUUUAUACAUUGCCACCGAGGGGUUCAGAGAAAAAGAGCUGUUGGGACUUGGGAGAAGGCGGAUUUGGCAGGGUCUACAAAGGCAUUUUGACAACAAACAAGGUUGAGGUUGCUGUCAAGAAGGUCUCUCAUCAAGGAAGACAGGGAAUGAGAGAAUUUGUUGCAGAAAUCAUCAGUAUUGGUCGCUUACGCAAUAGAAAUUUAGUACCAUUCUUGGGUUAUUGUCGGCGUAAAGGAGAGUUACUUUUGGUAUACGAGUUCAUGCCCAAUGGUAGUCUAGAUAAAUUUUUGUAUAACCAGCCCAAGUAUAUCCUCAGCUGGAGCCAAAGAUUGCGAGUCAUCAAAGGUGUAGCAUCAGGGUUAUUUUAUCUACAUGAAGAAUGGGAGAAAGUUGUGAUCCACAGAGAUGUAAAAGCCAGUAAUGUAUUGUUGGAUGCUGAACUGAAUGGAAGAUUAGGAGAUUUUGGCCUGGCAAGGCUAUACGAUCAUGGAACUCUGCCUCAAAGCACCCAUGUAGCGGGAUCUUUUGGACCUUGCCCCUGA